AUGGAUUUCUCCGUUUUGCCAAACAACAACCACCCCGAUAAAUUCCUACAUCUGGAGGUGAAGUCUUUGGUGAAAAACUCUGCCUUCCUCCAAGCCCACCUCAUGAAAUUCCCAGAAGCAGCUUUACCUGCAGUGCAGCGGUGGCACAACAGAGUCUAUUCACAGAGAGAAAAGAGAAAUGUCACAGAGCUACCUGGCUUAGAACUGAGUGGGGUCAGCCAAGAAAUGAUAGAUAAAGCACUUGGGAAACACAUUACACCCAUCACCCUUAAAUCCACCAUCAAAAGCAACCCCUUGUACAGAGAUAUCUACGUGGAGGGUGACUGGGAAGAGAAGAAAAAGACUCCUUCCUGGACCGCGCAAGACUUUGACAGGCAUUCCCUGCACUCCAACUUGGCCAGCCACAUCAAGGAAAAUCCUAAUGACCUACAGUUCUGGAUGGGGGAUAUUUAUACUCCUGGGUAUGAUACCUUGAUAAAAAAGAAAGAGAGAGAAAAAAAGCAUUCCAAAUGUUGCCGAAUCAUCCUGCUCCUUGUGCUAGCUCUUUGCAUCCUGAUUACCAUACUCACCCUCAGCGUUUUACUUACUUAA